AUGGCUUCCUCUGUCCCAGUCUCUCCUUUACGUCUCCCCUCGUCAUUCAACUUCGCAACAGAUGUGGUGGAAUACUGGGCGAAAAAGGAUCCCUCGCACGUCGCCCUCUACUGGACCGAUCAAUCAUUGUCCACGACCAAGCAACUGACCUACAGCCACUUCGCGCGCCAGUCGCAGCGCAUAGCAUCACUCUUCACCUCACUGGGCAUCAAGCAGGGCGACACCGCCAUCGUCAUCUCCCCGCGGAUCCCCGAAUGGUGGGAGAUCGGCACAGCAUGUCUGCGCGCCGGCGUGGUCAUGUGUCCAUGCACAACGCUGCUCGUGGACAAAGACAUCGAAUACCGGCUGCAAGUCUCGCACGCCACCACCUUCAUCGGCGAUUCCACCUCCGUGGCCAAAUGCUUGCAGGUCCGCUCAAGAUGCCCCAACCUGCGCACCAUCAUCCAGCUCGACGGCACUGUAUCAUCACCAGCAGCAGCAGAAGCGGGGGUAGUAGACUUCCACGCGGCGCUGGACAAGAUCCCCUCGGACGCGACAUUCGCCGUGCCCAGCUCCCUGGGCCCUAAAUCGCCGGGCAUGAUCUUCUUCACGUCCGGCACGACGGGGCCCCCCAAAAUGGUACUGCACACGCAGACGUCAUACCCACUCGCGCACGCCCUGACGGGGAUGCACUGGCUGGACCUCUCGCCCGGCAAGAUCUACUGGAACCUGUCGGAGCAAGGAUGGGCCAAGGCCGCGUGGGCGUGGCUGUCGACGUGGAACUGCGGCGCCACGCUGUUCGUGCACGACGACCGGCUGGCGUUCCACCCGCGCCGCACGCUCCAGGUGCUGAACCGGUUCCCCAUCACGACGCUGUGCGCGCCCCCGACCGUCUACAGACAGCUGGUCCUGGAUGAGAACCGGCGGUUCUUCGCCACAGCCGAGGGCAGACCGAGGACGCUGACACACUGCUGCGGCGCGGGGGAACCGUUGAACGAGAGCGUGGUGCGCACGUGGAAGGAGAUGACGCACGGGAUCGAGAUCUUUGACGCCUACGGCCAGACCGAGACCAUCGUCGUGUGCGCCAACCAAAAGGUCAACAAGGUCAAGCCGGGCAGCAUGGGCAAGCCCGUGCCGGGGGUGCCGCUCGUGGUGGUCGACUCGGAUGGCAACAUCACGCAGCCGGGUGUCGAGGGAGACAUUGCCAUUACUAUUGAAGGGUCGGGGUCGGGUAACGACGAUGGGCAGCACUCCUUCUUCGGCUUCUUCGAAGGAUAUAUCGACAAAUCGACGGGAAAGGUGGACAACAAGAUCAAGACCCUCGCAAAUGGGAAGAAGUUCUUCCUGACUGGGGAUAGGGCCGCGCGGGACCAGGACGGAUAUUUCUGGUUCGUUGGUCGGGCCGACGAUGUGAUUAACUCAGCGGGCUACAGGAUAGGUCCCUUCGAAGUCGAAUCCACACUCAAAUUACACCCCUCGGUCGUCGAAUCCGCGGUCGUCGGCUCUCCAGACCCGACCCGCGACGAAGUCGUCAAGGCGUUCGUCGUGCUGACGGACAGCGCGGCGUCGCGCAUCACCAAGGCAGAGACCGACGCUGACGCAGCCGCUGCCGCCCUGACGCGCGAACUCCAGGACUUCUGCAAGCGCAACGCCGCGCCGUACAAGUACCCGAGACGGAUCGAGUUCGUGGACGCCGCGUUCCUGCCCAAGACUAUCAGCGGGAAGAUCAAGCGGGCCGAGUUGAAGAUGUUGGAGAGGAGGCGAUAUCAGGAGGGGGAGCGGGCGAGGGCGGGGGCGGGGGCGAGCGCGAAGUUGUAG